AGAUAAAAUUUGAUGAGACGGGCGAUCAUAUCGUCGCAGGAUCAUGCCAGGUGAGAUCGAGUGAUCAAAGGAGCAGCCAUCUUUGGAGCUGUUUCGCUCACAAUUUUUUAGAUGGAUCUAUUUACCUAGUUGAAAAUGGAACAGACAAAUCAACGCUCGUCGACUCUUUUACGUGGUGACUCAAAUAUAUCCACAACUGCAAGCUGUGCGUGCUUAUCUUUGCGUAUGAUUGUUACAGCCCUUGUAGUACUGAAUGUUAUUUUCAUCGGGUUGUUUGGUGGAACGUUUUACUUUCUGUACGAGUUGAAGCAGCAGUGCAAUUCAAAUACUGAUGUUUAUAGGAACGGUAUAAAUACAAAUGCACCGGCUCAUUCCGGAUUCAGGAGUCGAGGCGAACCAAAUUCUACACCUCGGACGGGUGAUGGGCCUAGCAAGGGGGAAAACAGCCAUAUUAAAAUAUCUACAACACUUAACAGAAUCAAAUCUGAUAGAAGUUUUGAUAACAGGAAAGAGACGACAGUAGCGCCAAAAUCGGAGAGAUGGCUAAAUGUGAGAAAGGAUGAAACUAAAGCUUUACAGCCAACUAGCAUCUCGGCAUCUUUCGAGAAGAGAAAAGAGAAUGCGGAUAAAGACUGCUCAUGUCGAGGGCCCCCAGGGGAUCGUGGUUUACCAGGACCGCAAGGCCCUCCCGGCCCUGCUGGCCCCAAAGGCUCUGCAGCAAGAAAGAAAGGAAGGAAAGGCGAUCAAGGACCUCGUGGCUUUGAUGGUGCUGCAGGCCCACCCGGGGACCGUGGCGAUCGCGGAGCAAUGGGCUUACCUGGCAGCAGAGGAGAGAAAGGUCCUCCAGGAAAGGCAGGACCACAGGGUGCUACUGGACCUCAAGGAAUGAAGGGAGAUAGGGGAGCACCAGGCUUAAAAGGAGAAAAGGGAGAUAAGGGCGAUGGCACUGUCACCGUAAGGGAUGACCCGAAGCCUUACUGUCAUAUCACUGGUAGAAUUAGCAGGCGGAAGUCGAGGCACGAACCCAAAGGAAUUAUUCGAAAGGAAUGGCGUGAUUAUGGGUUGUUCGCCAUGAAGGGACACGGGUUUACUUUCAGGAACGGAGAGCUGAUCGUGCCAGAAAAUGGAGUGUAUCAUGUGUAUAGUCAGGUCUACUUUAAUCACAAUGAUAUUAAAAAAGACCCAAAUAUUGCCCAUUUUGUGUAUAAAAAGUCAGGCUCGGAUGGAGAGCGGAUACUAACUAGUUUGGUCACGAGGAGUGUUAAGAUUGGAAACAGUCCCGUGCUUUUCAAUGGUUAUACAGCUGGAAUGUUCUAUUUGAAGAAAGGGGACAGACUUAUGGUUGGUGUUUCAGAAGAACUUCUUCGCAUGGCCCAGUUUGUUGAAAGCCUAAGCUACUUCGGUGCAUUCCUUAUUGAAAGGUAUUGAGCCAUGUGAAACCCGUUCGAUGUAGACUGCAAGUGGCUAUUACGCACUUCGUGUUCUAGACCGGCCUGACGCGUUUACUGGUCUAGGCCAACCACUACAGUACAUUGCAGAGUCAGUAUUCGUCUCGUAUUCACGUCAGACUGACACUGAGUUGAAGCACAUCCAAGAUGGUGUACAUUGAAAUGGAAGUUUGCAAGUAAGACUAGAUUUAUUGGUUAGCGUUCUAAAAAUGGUGUUGAUGUAGCGAUCGGUAACGGCAGAAUCGUCAAGGGCAAUAGUCUGGCCCAGAACAUUGUUUAUCGUGGUUAACUGCAGAGUGAUAACCUGGUCCAUAAAGAUAUGAGCUGUUUUUAUACAUAUUGGAAAUUGAAUAUAAUUACCUUUUAUACUUUCGUAGAAUUUUCUAAACAACAAAGGAAACAUUUUGAGGUCGAUUUUUAAAGCUUUUUGACGUUUUUGCAUUGGAAUAGUCAUCAUCUGAUGCUCCUUCUUGAAUGGCCUAAAACUGGAGGAUAUCACCUUCAAGGACAUCUCCUUCAAGGAGUGUCAUUGUCUGGUCCUGUAAAGUUCAUUUGUUUGAUUGAGAGUCGGUUAUUUUAACAACACUUGUACCAUUUGCCAAGCACCUUGUACAGCUAAUCUUUUCAGCAUUCGUUAUAAAGAAUUUUUACAUUAGAUCAUUAAUAUUUUCAUACGUAUUCUUUAAAGAUAUUAUAAAUUUUUUAUUCGUUAGAUUCAUAGCUCUUUAUAUCACCGUGAUGUACAUUAGGCAUUUAGUACAGCCGACGUUUUUCACUGCAGAGUUUUCCUCUAUCACUCUCCGUUAACGGUUCAUUAAGGCCACUGUUUAAGUCCCUCCUUUCGCCACAGUCAAAAACCACAAUAUUACUCUGGUAUUUCCAUUUUAUGUUCCAACCUCUUUCUGGUUAUUUGGGGAUGUGUUAUUUUCUUACCCUGUCAUGAGCCCUAGCCCCCUGUCUUCAAUAUUCUCUUUUCCAGAGCUCUUUGUAGGAACUCGUCAUUCACACAAA